GUUAAAAUAUUAUUAAGAACCAAAUUAAGAAAGCUAAGAGCCGGAUUGGAUGAUGAUGCUCACACAUUGUAAGUCAGAUGUUUAGACUGGAUUUGGCAUUUUUUUCCACCUAUCAAGUCCUGCCCAAGGAUUUGGGAGAAGCAGAUGUUGUUGUGCAAUCGUAUCAAAGGUAUUACUGCAGGAUGUGAGCUCUUCCAAGCCAAGCUGUCUUUUGCAAUUUACUAAUGGUAGUUUUAUCAAUGCUGAUGGUGCUCAAAUGGCACUCCAGAUGUUACAGGCUGAGCCAUCUUCCAAGAGUCAGAAGGGAGAGAUGCCCAGAGCCGGGUGGCCACCAAGAGAAGAUCUAGCUUUUAGUCUGCCUCAGCCAGAAAUGAAUGCAUCCAGCUACUACACCCCUUUUCAUGUAGUUGAAGUGAUGAAGCUGUAAGUUCUCCUUUGAACUCUGGCCUAGGCACUCACCUUGUCUCCUGGCGGAUUCUCCCUCCAGAUGCAUGUAUUCCAGAUGUGCAAUAAGCAUAUCGUGCAAGCUCAAGAGCUGAAGGAAUUGAAUGUUGAAGACAGUGAGAAAUUUGCUUCUUCAUGGACACAACAGAGUUUUGCACCUGCUGCCCUUCAUGCCCGCCUGUAGUAGAGAGGGCGUUGGAAGAAAAAAAAUCCAGUUCCAAGCUGGGAAUAAAAUGGAGGCUGGUUGGAAAGAAAGAUUCUGUUUAUUGGUGAACAGAACCAACACACACAGUGUACAGUUCUGAGUCAGCUGACAAAAUAGAGUUGAGAGCGGGUGGAUUUUAUACCUUCUGGAUCUUUAUGUAGGGAUCAUGGUUGGUUCUAUAAGCAAAAGAGGAAAUGCAAAUCCUAGGUGUUUGUCUGAGCUAAUCUUGUCAAUCUUUGGCUUGUUGCUUAUCUGAAGUUUCUAUCUGACCCAGUCUUUCUGAAUGGAUUACCAAAUCUGCAUUUCUAAAAGCUGGCCUUCUCCGUUUCUGCUUGGGGCAGGGAGACUGGGGCUGGCUCCUGCCUCCCUUGAUAUUUUCCCCCAAUCCUCCUUUAAAGGAAAUAUUCUAUCCUGCCUUUUUAAUAUUCCUCAAAUAUUUCAUUCUUUAGGAGGGGUGGGUGUGUCUUGACUUUCUACAAGGAGCAAUUGCAAAUUCUGGGGCAUUAGGGCUUAGAGUAAGGGCAGCUCUCUGCAAUUAUGGAGUGGCCUUUGGGGAGAAAUCCCAGCCUCCUUUGGCUGUUGGUACACCAGGGUGAGACUUUCUGGCCACUCAGCAGUUCCCACAACGUCUCAUUUCUGACUCCAUUUUGGAGGAUGGAAGAGAACAGCAGAGAAAGAGAGACAAAGCACACACAGGAUUGGGAGACAAAUCAACUUCCAGGCCAGCUUUUCAAAAAGCAUUAAAAGGACAUUAAAAAAGAAAAAAACCCUAUCCAGUCCACUUAAAUUCUCAUUGAUGAUGUCCACAAACAAUUAAAGACAAUUAGAGAGAAGCAGAACGCGACAAGCACCCGGGCCCAGGGGCAUGAGGACACAGGCAGGUCUGUUCAGUGGCCCAAUCCGAUUUUCCACCCACCAAAUGUAAUUAAGGGGAAUUACCGAUCCAAUUGCUAGGAGGGUCUCUUUAUAAAUGGGAAGAGCUGAGGGCCCCGUGAUUCUUGCUGGCCAGAAUGCCAAGCUCUGGGAGGCGGCCGAAGGGAGAUGCCUGCCUGGUGCUCAAGGUCCGGGAAGCAGCAUCCCUGUACUUCUCCCUGCUCGCUGUCUUCUUGGUUCUUUUGGUGGUGGCCCUCCAAGGCACAGAGCGAAGAGAGAACUUCCCAUACAAGGUGCCCCUGGACCCUCAGGGCCUCCUGGAGCUCUCCUGGAACAUCAGCUACCACCUGGAGGAGGUGCAUUUCCGGAUUGUGGCCAAGGAGCUGAAAUAUGGCUUUCUCUUUGGCAUGUCAGACCGUGGUGGCUUUCAGGAGGCAGAUCUGGCUGUCCUAUGGAGCGAUGGGGUCCAGUUCUAUUUUGCGGAUGCCUGGAGUGACCAAGGCACACAGCUGCACAUGGACGCCCAGCAGAACUACCAUCUUCUGACGGCACAGAGAAUUGGCGGUGGGCUCUCCCUCCUCUUCAAGAGGCCCUUUGCCACCUGUGAUCCAAAGGAUUAUCUGAUUGAGGAUGGAACUGUGCAUCUCAUUUACGGCAUUUUGGAGAAACCAGCUCCGUCUCUCGAAGCCAUCAAUAUUUCUGCUCUGCUCCGGAAGGGACUGCAGCGGGUGCAACUUCUAAAGCCCAAGAUCCAAGUUCCCCCACUGCCUGGGGACCUGAAGACCAUGGAGAUCCGAGUCCCAGACGUGACCAUUCCCCACCAGGAGACCACAUACUGGUGUUACAUGAUCAAACUUCCGGAUGGCUUUGAAAAGCAUCAUAUUGUCAUGUAUGAGCCGGUGGUCACAGGUGGCAAUGAAGCCCUGGUGCAUCACAUGGAAGUCUUCCAGUGCAGCCCCCACUUCCCAGCCUUCCCCCACUACAGCGGCCCCUGCCACUCCGAGAUGAAGCCGCAGCGCCUGAAUUUCUGUCGGCACGUCUUGGCUGCCUGGGCGAUGGGUGCGCAGGCCUUUUACUACCCCAAAGACGCAGGGCUCGCCUUUGGGGGUCCCGGCUCCUCCAAAUAUUUGCGCCUGGAAGUCCACUACCACAAUCCCCUGCUAUUGGAAGGCCACCACGACUCCUCCGGAAUCCGACUCCAUUACACGGCCUCCCUCCGACAGUAUGAUGCAGGGAUCAUGGAGCUGGGCCUGGUCUACACGCCCGUGAUGGCAAUUCCCCCUGGCGAAAGCCAUUUCUUCCUCACCGGCUACUGCUCGGACAAGUGCACCCAGCUGGCUUUGCCACCUGACGGGAUCCACAUCUUUGCUUCUCAGCUCCACACCCACCUGGCUGGGAGAAGCGUGGUGACCACGCUGUCCCACGAAGGGAGAGACUGGGAAAUUGUCAACAGGGACAGGCACUACAGCCCUCACUUCCAGGAGAUCCGCAUGCUGAAGAAGGAGGUCUCCGUCUACCCGGGCGAUGUGCUGAGAACCACCUGCAUGUACAACACAGAAGACAGGAAUGAGAUGACAGUGGGAGGAUUUGGAAUCAUGGAAGAGAUGUGUGUCAACUACGUCCAUUACUACCCCCAGACGGAGCUGGAGCUGUGCAAAAGUGCCAUCGACCCGGGAUACCUGCACCGCUAUUUUCAGCUUCUGGACAGAUUCAACGAUGAAGACAUCUGCACAUGCCCAGACACCUCAGUCACCAGGCAGUUUUCUUCCGUCUCUUGGAACCUGUUCAGCAGAGAAGUCCUCAGAGCCCUUUAUGACUCUGCUCCAAUUUCCAUGCACUGCAAUAAAUCCUCAGCUGUCCGAUUUCCGGGUGAAUGGGAAAAGCAACCUUUACCGAAAAUCACCCAAGUAUUGCCCACGCCAGCGCCUGCUCACUGUGAAGACCAUAGUCCUCUGGCCCCCACCCGCCUCAAGUUAGCAAGGGCUCAGUGA